CGCUUCCCCGCAGCCCCGCGGCCCGCUCCCCGUCGGCGCGGCCGGCCUCGGUCUCUCUUCAGCAGCAGGGCCCGCUGCCCCGCCGUGCGGCUGGGGCUCUGUCCGGCGGCACAGCCGGUCCCCGGGCUCUCCUCAGCUCCCCCCCGCGCCGCGGGUGCCGGUCGCUGUCCCAGGGCCAGGGGCGUCCGGGCCUCCAGGGGUGCAGCGGGAGAGCUCUGGGCCGGUUCUACUCGGGGCUGUCCCAGCACGACUCGGGAGCCGUUUGGUUUCCUCCAGAGACAUGGGUUUCCUUCGGCCUUCAGACACGGAAUGUGUGGUGUGAAGAGAGACUGGAUAGGGGAGAGAAGUGAUGCCGCGGGGGAGAUGCCUGAGGGGGUAGAGACGUGAUGCCAGCGUGGGAGGCAAUUCUGCCUCGAGGAUUCACUUGUGUCUUUCUCUUUAAUGCUCGCAGCACGGGCCUUUGUCAUUCCUCGACACAAUUCCAAAUUCAAAGGACUUGCUGGGCUGCCAACAUCCUCAGUUAUCCUUCAGCAGCUGGUGAAGUCCCUGCAAGCAGCUGGGGCCGACCCUUUCAUGAUGCAGCUGGAACGAUGCCAUGAGGCCUGGUGAGACUUGGCCAUAGCCAUGACGGAGCCCCACAGGGUUUCGUUCACCACUCUCCACGGUCCUCUGAGCAGCAGUUUCUUGAAAAGGUCUCGGAAAGAUGAUGGAGAACAACCCCAGGACUCUGAACCAGCUGCCACAGCUGUAAGAAUCACACUUACUCUCUUUGAGCCAGAUCACAAACGCUGUCCAGAAUUUUUCUACCCGGAUCUUCUGAAGAGCUGUCGAGGGAAAGUCAAAGGUGGUUCAUCAGGAGACAAGAAGAAGGACCCUGCUGAUCCCUUUAACGAUGAUGAAAAGGAAAGGCACAAAGUGGAGGCUCUUGCUAGGAAGUUUGAAGAAAAAUACGGUGGGAAGAGGCGUCGAAAAGACCGUAUCCAGGACUUGAUUGACAUGGGGUACGGAUAUGACGAGUCUGACUCCUUCAUCGAUAACUCUGAAGCAUACGACGAGCUGGUUCCAGCUUCUCUUACCACAAAGUAUGGAGGGUUUUACAUCAACUCGGGAACGCUGCAGUUUCGGCAGGCAUCUGAAUCCGAGGAUGACUACAUUAAAGAGAAAAAGAAGAAGUGUCCUAAGAAGCGGAAAUUGAAAGAUGGAGGUGAAAAGCUGAAGAAGAAGAAGAAAGAUGAUUCCUAUGACAAGGAAAAGAAAUCCAAAAAGUCCAAGUUCCCCAAAGCUGGCUUUACAGCCUUAAAUGCAAGUAAAGAGAAGAAGAAGAAGAAAUACUCUGGUGCUCUUAGUGUCAAGGAGAUGCUAAAGAAGUUCCAGAAGGAGAAGGAUGCUCAGAAGAAGAAAGAUGAAGAGCAGAAAGUGGUGACUUCUUCACCAGCAGAAGCAGCAGCCCCCAGGGAGGCGGAGGCGAUGCCCGACCCUUUACUCUCGCUCUUCGGCCACGCCAGUGACAACGACCUACUUCAGGCAGCAACAGCUAUGGACUCCCUAACUGACCUGGACCUGGAGCGGCUCCUCAGUGAAUCCCCAGAAGGGAGCCCCUUUCCUGAUGUGGAGGAUGGGAGUGAUCCUAUUGGGGUGGGCUUGGAGCAGGAUUUCAAGCAGCCACCAGCCCUGCCAGAAGGUCUGCCAGCCCCUUUGGAGAAACGCAUCAAGGAACUGGCUCAGGCUGCCAGAGCUGCAGAGGGAGAAGGCAAACAGAGAUUCUUCACUCAGGACAUCAACAACAUCAUACUAGACAUCGAGCUGCAGACGCGGGAGCUGAACAGCCAGAUCCGCUCAGGGGUGUACGCCCACCUGGCUGCUUUCUUCCCCUGCAGUAAGGACACUCUGGUCAAGCGUGCCCGUAAGCUUUAUCUCUAUGAGCAGGGCGGGCGAUUGAAAGAACCUCUACAGAAGCUGAAGGAAGCCAUUGGAAGGGCCAUGCCAGAGCAGAUGGCCAAGUACCAGGAGGAAUGCCAAGCCCAUACUCAGGCCAAGUUUGCCAAGAUGCUGGAAGAGGAAAAGGACAAAGAGCAGCGAGAUCGAGUUUGUUCUGACGAGGAUGAGGAUGAAGAAAAGGGAGGGAAACGAGUCAUGGGGCCACGGAAGAAGUUUCAGUGGAAUGAUGAAAUCAGGGAGCUGCUUUGCCACUUGGUGAAGAUUAAGUUGGAUGGUUAUGACCUUGACAAGAAUAAGGCUCAGUCUCUAGAGGAUUAUGUGAAGAACUUCCUAGAUGGAGAGGUGAAGCCCCUUUGGCCAAAAGGCUGGAUGCAGGCCAGGACACUGUUUAAGGAGAGCAGGCGUGUACACGGACACCUCACAUCAGUCCUGGCGAAGAAGAAAGUUAUAGCUCCUGCUAAGGUCAAAGUGAAGGAAUCUUCCUGCAAGCCUGAUAAAAAGAUGUCGGUGUCUGUUCCUUCAGUGCACUCAAGCAGCACCUUAGCUCUGUCUUCAGAGCCCCAGGGAGGAGCUCUGGGCAUCAGUGCCCAAACCAGAGAACUCCUGUCCCUUGGGACAGCCCAAGCAGCCAGCACCACUGGUACUCCUGCUACCUUCAUGGAUGACUCCUUGGAUGAGGACUUAAUUCAUAAUCCCACUUCCUCCCUCGAAGCAGUCUCUAAGGAACUGGCUGUGCUGAACAGCAGAGCAGGAGGGAGCCCUGACUUUACUCUUCCUGGGGCUUCAAAAGCUCCACCAGAGAAGAUCCCAGCUCUUGCAUCCUCAGAGGAGAAGAGGACGUUUCCAAAGUCCAACCCUUCCCCUACAUCAUCCUCUGGUUCCCUUCAGUCCCCUCUAAAUUUCCUGGCUGAGCAGGCCUUGGCAUUGGGUCAGUCUUCUCAAGACAAAAAGACAGAGAACUCUAAUUACAAAGAGCUCUCCUGCCAGGCCUCCCCCAGCAAAAUCCUUCCUGAUGCACACCAGGCUAAACAGAAACACCACGGCCUGGUCCGGCCAAGCCAUGGGCCUCAGACCUCCACCUCGGUGCCAGGUUCUCAGGUGAAGGUCUUUCACUCAGGCAGCCAGAUACAGAAAACUUUCACUGCCCCAGCUUCAUUUGUCAAGCUACAGAAUCCCAAGUCGUCCUCCUCCUCCUCCUCCCCACUGCCCCAGCGCUCCCUCCUCCAGCAGGUCAAGUCAUCAACCAAAGCUCAGAGCUUCCAUUCCUCUGUGUCACCAGGCAGCACCCAAAACUCCAGCAGCUCUCACAAGAGCCCGAGCUCAUCCUCAUCAUCUCUCAGCUACACAGGAAAGCACUCGAGCGCCUCAAGCUCUUCUGGACAGUCUUACAAACCACCCUUUGUUUCUGGUUCCCUCUCCAAGCAUGGAGCUUCUUCCAGCAGCUCCUCAUCUGGAGCUUCUGCAAACCAGGGUGGCUCCUCUGGGAGCUUGGUGCCCGGUGGGCAGACCCCUUCCUCGGCUCAGGCAUCCAGCCGCCCCUCCGCCAGCUCCUCAGUGAAGAAGACACCAGUUUCACAGAAGCUGACUCUGGUGGCACCUCCUGGAGGUUCGAAUGGUGAUUCUAGUGGGGGCACUCAAGGAGUGGCCAAAUUGCUGACCUCCUCCCUAAAGCCAGCUGUUGUUAGCAGCACUGCAUCUUCUACCUCUGUGCCGAAGGGAACCAGUGGAGCUGUGCUGCUGACGAGUUCUUCCUCCUUAAGUGUACUGGCUCCAUCCUACAAGUCCAGCAAUCCAAAGCUGCCAGCUGCCCUGAGCACCACCCCAUUAGGCAUUAUCUCUCCUAUCCAUUCCUUCCCUCUUCAUGUCAUCUCCUUCAGUUCAGACUCCUCCCCAAAAGCAGGAGUAUCAAAGGAUGCAAUAGUUACAGGACCUGCUCCAGGAACUUUCCACCACGGCCUUGGCCACAGUCUUCUAGCUGGCUUGCACUCCAGCCCCCAUCAUGCAGCGCCACUCCCACAUUCUGCCCUGUCCACUCAUUUACCGCAAAGUUUGCCAGAUGCUUCUCAGCUCCACGGCAAGGGGUCCAAUGCACAGCAGCGCAAGUUGUGACGUCUGCAAGGAAGGGAUCUCCAGCACACAAGGGAUAAAACCAAGAGGAACAGGUCAUGAACUUUGGAUACCAGCUGUGUCUUUUCUUUUGUUGUUGUUUUGUUGUGUGGUUUUGGUUUCUGGGUUUUUUUUUUCCCCUCACGACAACUGGAGAGACUGAAUCACAAGGAGGAACUCAUCGGUGCGUCUGCUCAGAGGCUUUCAGAGCUAAGCCCCACACAAUGGGCCACCUUGAGCCAUUCCCCUAAUGAGAGAAGUGUUUUGUAGCACUGUUUUAUUGCUGCUGCCUUUCAUGCAUUCCCUGGCACUGGCAGGAGCUAGAAGGCACAGGGGGCACUCGGGUGGUUUGGCUUUCUUGCAGCAGAUUCCCACCCACCAGCGUGUCAGUGUCGGCCAAGUACCUCCAAGUCCAGUUACCUCCUUGGUGUCCCAGGGGAGGGUAUGAAAGGUGCUUCUUUCUUCUGCUUUGGAUUUACUUGGAUAAUUCUAGCACUGCCAGUGCUUUCUGAAGACAUUGGACUGACUUUUCAAUUGUACUAUAAAACUGAACAUUUCCUGUGUGGUGAAUCCAACGAACCACCCGACGUUUCCCUCUGGAGGAGAAGGAAGACUCUUUAGAGAGAUGCUUUUAGAUGCAGUCAUUGACUUUGAGAAUUCUACUUCUUUUGGGCUUUGGAUUUCUCCUUUUUCUGUUUUGUUUUUCCUCCAAAGGGAUGCUUUAUCCCCACUCAGUUUUAUCCUCAUUACCAUCGAAUGCAUUGGAUCGAAUGGGACACUUCUCAGCAUGUCACAUGUAUAGGAAGACAUAAUUCCAGUGCCUUUUAUGGUGGAGCAAGAAUGGACUAAUGACACACAUUUCAGCCCUAUUUGAUGUGCUCCUCAACCCUUUUUUAAUCAUCCUGUAUUUAAAAUGUAUCCUGUUUUAUUUAAUAGAGCUUUUUAUGGUUGCACAUCACAAAAAGAGAGAGAAAAAAGAAAGAAAAAGCUGCACUGUCUGGACUCAGUGGUGUCUUGGUGACUGCAAAGGCAGUACCAAAUCCAGCAAGAGCACCACAUCUUAGCUGAGUUUGUGCAAGUGGGUUCCAGACCCUCCCCCUAAAGCCAUUCUUUCCUAGGGUCGUCAGUUAUGAUCUCUUUGGUGGGCAGAGGGAAUGAUCAGGGUUAACCGAGGUCACUACCGAGUCCAAUGAGUUCUGGAGUGUGGUAAUAUUGCUCUCCUGGAUGAUUUCUGCACUAGGAUCCUGUGCUUGUCGUUGGCUGCAGGAAUGGGGAUCGUCUAGAACUGGGGUGUGUCUUGUAUUGUGUGAUCUUGGGAUCCUUAGACCUAAACACUCGAGCUGAGCACACCCUUUCAUCUGGGCAGGCUGUGGUUCCCACUCACCUUUCUGCUUCUCCUCCCUCGUCUGCCUUUUCUCAGGCCCCCCCACAGCCACCUCUGAAUCAUGCAGUAGGAGCUCUGAUCCACAACAGCCUUGACUGGGAUUUCAAGCAAAAGCUUGCAGCCUUCCUUCACGAGCUUUGGGGAAGGAUGCUGAACCCUGAGUUAUACCAGCAAAUACCCGCUUUAGUUUCUCCCCAUUGGGGUUUCUUUUAGGGUAAGAUGCCAGAUGGACCAUUUCCAUUUGAGCUGAUAACAUUUCCCAAGAUUGUUUGUGUUUUCCAAAAUCAAGCAGCUCAGAUUUCAAAUCUGUUUACAGAAGAUAACCUAGGUUGUAGCAAAAGAGCCAAAGACAGAACUCUGUGGUGUUAAAAGCAAGCACAGCAAUUACCGACGGACUCUGGAGCGGUGGACGUCGCAUGGUUCCCCUCAUCCUGAGAGGUAGUUUGCACCUUCAGCUCCCUGUGGUUGCUGAAAGAGUUGGUGAGCCCCCUGGCAGGAUAGGGACCCUCAGCAAGUGACUCAAGGUACUGAUUCUACUUCCCUCUCUUUGCUUUCAUUGAACUGCUGCUGCUGGGAAGCACCCAUGUGAGUGGCCAGAGCAGAAUGCCCUCCUUCUAGGAAUUCAAGCGAAGCCUCUUGCCUCAGGGAAAUGUUUAUUUGGUGGAAAUUCUGUGGGAUAUUUGGGGUUGGUUUCUUUUUUUUUGUUGUUCCUUUCCAUUAUAAUGAAUGAGUGAAUGGUAGGGAGCAGAGUGGCAGCAAGGCAGAACCCCCGAGAGCUGCUGGGGAGCCAGGGCUCUGGCAGCUCUGCCUUCACGAGGCAACUUGCAGCACUUGGGUGAUGGUGUGGGGAGGUGAGGCUCCCGUGGCACACAGUAGGGCAGUUCCUUUUGGGUGGAAGAGCUGAGGUUUACUACUCUUUUUGUUUGGGUUUGUGUGUGUUGGGACUGUCUUGCUGAAGGUGGUGGGGGGAUGGUAUGAAAACUGUUAAUCUUGUACAGAA